GCGGCACGACACUCGUCUGGAGGCUCAGUGAGGUGGUGUUCACCGCCGUGUGUGCAACUCCUCGUGGUUUCGCCUCCGCCUCCGCCUCUUCUUCUUCCUCCUCCUGCUGCACCAGGGGGACCACGUAGACGCACGAGGACGUGUAUCGAGGGUUCCGUAGCUGCAGAAACGGGCCCCCGGAUCGCUCUUUCGUUCUCCCAUAUCGGUAGCCUUGACGGGCGCCAGCCAGCCUGGACACCCAGCGUUUAACCCGGCCUGGCCUGGCCUGGCGAACACACGUGCGUUAACCGCAGAGUGUAUCGAGAGGAGAAUUCGGGUUCGCGAGUCCGUCAAAAAGAGAAUUUCUCCCGAUCGCGGAGCAGCGGCAUCGAAGACAAAUUCCUUCGGGGAUGCUCGAAGAGGUGGAGCGGCAGGAUGUGUGAUCGGUGAUCAUCGGUGUGUGUAUGUGUGUGGAUGUGUGUGUAUGUGUGUAUGUAUGUGUGGGGGGCAACUUGAGUGCCAACGAUGUCGACGACGGACGUGGUUCGCAUCGUUCAGCAAGGAGCCGCUGCCGACGAGGAUCAGGGGAGGUUGAAGGCUGAUCUACAGUACCUGAGAAGAAGGGGGCUGUUCAAAGCGUCCGGCGGCGGCGGCGGCAGCGGCGGCGGCGGCGGCGAACUAUCGCAUCAAGGACGCAAAUGCGCGCGAUGCGGCGCGCCGUUCGGUAGAUUUUACAACACCGGCGCGACUUGCACGCGUUGCAGAUACCGCGUGUGCCGGCAGUGUCGCAUCGAGAUCAGAAACCACGCAGGAGGCGACAAAGAAGUCGAGUGGUGCUGCAACGUUUGCUACAAGAUCGCAGAAUUACACGUCGUUACUAGCAAGUGGAUGUACGAAAGUCCGAUUUCCAGCGGAUCCGUCAACGAGAAAACAGCACAGAUCCCGGUGGACAUACUGAAUCGCAACAUCCGACGAGCAUGGACGAUUAAUGGUCCUCCAACACGUUGGCUAGCUGCGAGAAAGUCCCCGGAAUUACGAAUAUAUCGUAGCCUGCCGUCUCGCCAUCAGGAUUACCGAGAUCCGUUGGAGGAUUCAAACUUCGACGACGGAGCGUUAUCGAAGCUUGAGAAUUCACAAGAGAGCGGUUUGGAUGGGAAGGACUGCGCCGAGGACAAUUGCAGAGAUGUAACCGAAGCGAUCGAGAGAAGCACACCGAUUAACGAACGAACGAAACGAGAAAAACCAAAUGUCAAAUCGGAGGAGGAAGUGCCAUCACCGGAUAAUAUAAGAUUUAAUAAGAGGAGCGAGCGCUCGGGUAAAGAGCAGGAGGAUUCCGUGCAGGAGCAGAGCACGCCGAGGGUAUCGUUUAUAAAACCGCCGAGGAUCCUCGCGAAGUUUAUAUCACCCGAGACGAAGCCGAGUCCGACGAAGCAUGGCGAGAGGAAAUCGAAUAUUCCCAUUUUUAGAAGGAGCUCCAAGGAGUUCGAGGACAUCCGGAGCCCACAGGAAUCGCCGAAGCGAUCGCUUAUUCCUCAGAGAUACAGAGGAAGCACCGAUGAUUUGCGUCGCAGUCGCGAGGACAUAAGCGUGCCAAGUUUGAUCCCGAAACUACUGUCCUCCCGCAGCAAGGAGGAACGAUUGAAGCGGCAAGACAGCAAGGACGACAUCCGUCAUUUACCGAAAUCCGCGCGAAAGGAUUUUAAAGAAGAGAGCAAGUCGCUUGUCACCUCACCAACGUCCGUCAGCAAGGACGAAGUCUGCAAAUCGGGGAUAAGAAUCUUUCGCCGUGACAAUAGUCGCGAGGACGUGGGCAGGGACAGCGCGAAUUCGAUCAAGGAAUCCACGAAAGGAAAGCAACAAGAGAAGCAAGAAAGAACGGAGACUGUGAGCAAUGCGGGAGCGAGAUUGAAAGCCACCGGCGAACAGAGUAGAACGAGGUGCGAGGACGGCAAGGACGACGCCAACGACGUCGAAGGAUCGUCAUCGAGGAGAGAGGAGGCAAUCGCCUCGAUCGAACCGGACUCGACAGUUCUAGACGCACGACCGGACGAAAAGACCGAUGCGGAACACCAGGGCACGAGGAUGAUCGACGUGAUCAUCGUGGAAAACAGGACGCAGGACGAGCGGAUGCGGAAGCAGGACACGAUGGUCUUGGGCAACGAGGCGAUAGACGAGAAGCAUUUGCUGGCGACCCGAGAAUCAAUCGAAUCCGUCAGGGAGAACGACGAGGAGGAGACGCGGGAUACCGCCGAACAGUUGUUGGAUGUUGGCAGCGAUGGUGACGUCACCGGGAUCGCCAGUGAAAGAAAGGGCUCGCUGGAGAUCGGUUAUGGAAAGAGGCUGGACGAGUUCCAAGUGGUGCGGCGAAAGUUCUCCAAAGAAGAAUUUUCAAAUCCGGACGACACCGACGACACUCCGAAUAAGCGUUGUUCAAGCCACCUAUCGCCAGAAGCCAGUCCGUUGAGCACAAGAUCGUCGAGAUACAGUCCUCGGGAGAGUGAAAGCGAGCCCACUCCUGCAUUGCCACGUAAAACAGGAGGAGACUCCUGUUCCGCCUCCCAGAGGAUUCGCGAUACUAUUACGAGAACCAGGAGAGAAUCUAAUAGCAGCACUAGAUAUGAGAGUAGUGGAAGCGAGAGUAUCAGAUUAAGCGAGACCGGUUUGCACGGAUACGCGGAAUUGGCCAGGAAGGUGAAGUUCUUCGGCGGAAACGGCAGCGGCGUGAUCUCGUCGACAAUCGGUGGCGACGAAGUUGUGCAACGCGACAGUGCAACUAGUGCAGGCGAGGAUGAAAUCAAUGAAGAUGGCCACGACAGGGCAGGUCCAGUUCCCUCGCAAGGAAGGACGAUGCUGCGACGAAGGAGGCAGUUCGACGCCCAAGGUUCGCGACGACGCGGGAGAUCGCACGCGAGAUCUUGCUGCGGCGGCGAGGAUCUACAGAGCCUGCAGACGUUGAACCUGAUCGGACGCGGGGGUGGAAGCAGUCGGCAGCGCAGUCCUAAUCCUGCGACAGGCGGUCCAGGUCAGGAUCAGCCAGCGUCCGUGGUGGAUUACAGGCGGCUGGUUUUCAUCAGCUCGGACUCGUCGUCGGGCCGCGAAGAGGACGACGCCGAUAGCAGUUGCUCGAGCUCGUCCUACCUGAACGGACUGCCCCGCAACGGCGGUCACCACCAUCACGCGCAGUCGCUCGAGGACUGCGACUGGGACUACUUCGAAAGCGGCUCCCUGCCGUUGCCAACGACGCCGAUCAUCACUGUCGGCGCCGGUGUCAACAUCGCUGGCACUGCCGACACCAUCGGUCAGGACGUUUGGAGUUGUUGCCCGGGACGCGGUUCCGCUGCCUGCCAGGCCUGCGGCGGCUCCCGAAGCGCAAACGUGCUUCCGGUGCCGGUACCCAUACCGGUGCCCGUCCCGUAUCCGGUGCCGAUACCGGCCGCCCUGUGGACCGGCGAUUUUGCGGCGGCUGCAUCAUCCAUGAUAAGUCGCGGCGACGGUCACGCCGAGCCAGGAACUCUGAGAUUGCGAAGCGAUCCGGCGGCACCUUGGUUCGCCUGGCACCCUCGAUUCAAUCAGCCCCUUCAUGGCGCACGUCUGGACCCCCGGCUGGCCGGCGCUUUCGAUCCUACUACCUGCACCUUCCAUCCGCCCGAGGGUCAAGUGUUGACCCCGAGACUGUAUGAUUCGAUAACUGAGACAAUAACGGCCUCAUCGACAAAUCUCGAGUCUCCUCAAGUAGGUCAAGAUGUGAGAGACGAGGCGAAUGUCGUGCCGAAGACUGAAGAGCUCAGAAAGGAGGAGAACUUGUCAACGAAGGAUAUCAACGAGUCUGCUUCGUUCACCGCAAAGAAUAAAAAGAAAUCAAAAGAAACGAAGAAUACUGAAGUGGAAUGCGAGAAAGGUGAAAAAGAGUCAGAGGAAAACGAAGAAGCCACUUGCGAAGAUUCGUUAUCGUCAUCCUUUGAGAGGAGCGCGCAAGGAAUGUAUCAGCACUCGCGAGAGGACUCGGGCAGCUCGUCCGGGAGAUCGUCGGCGGACAGCAGCGAUCUAGAAGAGGAUUCCGGCUCACAUAGAUUCUCCAAGGUAUUCGUGGUGAACGACGAUUCGCUCACCAGCGACAACGACAUCGAGGACAAUGAAGAGGAUGAUUCGGAUUCCGCAGCGGAAGGUGGCGUGACCUUGAAACGUGUCACUGCGAUUCCGGAAGAAGAACCGGUGGUGUUGCAACACGUGAGGCUAUUGAACGAAGAUGUUCUCAUGGAGAAUGAACGGGAGGCGAACAAGAACGACCUAGAGGAAGCUAAAAAGCGUGCCAAGGCUUACAUCAUCGACAGCGAUCAAUCUAAAAGCGAUGAUAAAUUAUUGGAUAAACCUGCCAAUUUGACUGACAAACGAAAAAAUCGCAAUAAGAAGACCGGAACUGAUAACGAUGAUAAACGACUUCCUCUUCUAUUACAACGUCGAUCAAUCCCUGAAGAACUGUAUCUCGCAGACGAUAAUGACUGUUCUGACAAUCGAAUCGAAUUGAAAUCUAUUAGAAUGCUCGAUCCCGAUAGUAUCGAUCCACCUGCGGCUGUCUUGAAAAUGGACGAAGAGUCUAUGUCAAAAAUACAGAUCUGUUCCGAAAUUGUUACUACGUCGAAGGAGAUUUUGCAGGAUGGUCUGAUCGAAGAUAUAAAAUCACCUUCGAGCGAUACUUGGGACUCGAACAUCGUACCGGAUUCUCUCGAAAUUUCUGGAGUUUCCUCCGAGAUUUCAGAAGAGAUUGACGCCGAGCAUCGGGACAGACUUGAAGUUUCCGAUAGCGAGCAAAUUGCGCGAUCGAGCAUAACGAACGAUUGCGGGAAGCAAGGAGAUAAGCAGCGUUUAUCGGAGGCAGAUCGUUCGAACGUCGACGUCAUUGUCGACGUAUCUACCGACAGUUGUACCAGCAACGAGAGCAACACCACGGGCAGUGAAGUGAGCAGUGACGAGCUUCACGAAUACGAAGUGACUCCGAUCGAGUCAUCUUUCGAUUACAGCAACGGAGUCGCCGCGAUUAACGACGAAUUACUGUACCAAAUAAGCAAGAGGAAAACGGAGGAUAUUUCGAGAGGCAUCAAGGAGAACGGUUAUCAUCUUCGCGGUAAUCGUGAUGACAAAACAAGUCCGACGAUGACGAAGAGCGGCGCUAAGCGGAGCGUGCAGUUUGAGAGACCGAUCAGCGGGCGGUCUUCGAUCGAGUCGUUGAUCGGCGCGAAGGACGACAACGACGGCGACGAAGACGAAGACGACGACGAGGGUUAUCGCUCCGUUACGUGUCGUCGCGGCGGUCAAGAUGGCGGGCCAGGAGACAACGACCUGAUGGUGGCAGUGGCGGGUGAGGAGCGGGUACAAGCCGACGUGGGCGAUGCGAUAUCAACUAGCAGGAUCCAGGAGAUGAUGAGGAGCGCGGAGGAGCAAGACGGCGACGGCAGCAAGGUGGACAUUGCGCAUGACGGCCCGGUGAGAGGCGAGAUCGCCGCUCAGGUGGGAGGAAAUGGUGAUGGUAACGGUGUCGGUGGUAGUGGUGAAUGCUCCGAGGAGGGGGACGCGACACGGUUUCGCUCAGUCGAGCGACGCCCGUGCACUCGGCAGGAGAAUGGAUUCCCAGCUGACGGCCAAGCGUCGGCCAAGGACCUUGCUAAAGAUUCAGCCCAGCACAACAGCGGUAACAAUACCAGCGGGAGCAACAAUAAGUAUAGAAGUCUCGUGAUGAUUACUCAGGAAGCGUCGUACCAGCCAGUAAGCGUUGUUACGUCGGAUACCACGACGCUGUUGCAACCGAAUGAGAUCCACUCGUCUGGUGGCCAGGGAGGCUUGGCCGGUUACUUCCAGCUGGCAUUGGAGGCAGCGAGCGAACCGCAGCUUCAUCGUAAAAACGCUCCGCGCAAGCCGUUGAUGGUGAAAAGACUGCCAUCCGCGGUCGCGGUCUCCGCCGUCACGACGGGUCAUCAAUCAGCCGAGCCUGAAGUGGAUAGUGGAUUGAGUGUCGGUAGCGCUAGUGAAAGCGACGACGUGUCCGUGAAGAACGUGCCGAAGCCGCUCAAUUGUCGGCAGGAGAAUGCGGAUGACGUGUCAAAGGAUCGUUCCGUGUCGGAUUAUCAUGAAGGUGCGCAACAACGUGUUUCGUCGCAGUCUAGCGAUGAUAAUUCAGGUACUGGUGGCGUUAUUAUACUCGAGGAAGGACUGGCCGAUGACGAUUCCUGGGUGGAAGAAGUAUCUCACGAUGAAGAUGAACCGGGCGCGACCACUGCCACCGAAGAGAGCUCCGAAGAUGAAGCUAAUAACUUCGGCGAUCGUGAAGAGGAACUCAGGGGCUACCGCAGGCAGGCAAUCGACUUCACCUUGCACACCAUCGUCGAGGAAUCCUGCGAGGAAAGUGAAACGGAGCCCAGUCUGGCUGCGGGAAGCCCAUCGAAAAAACCGAGACCACCUUCCGCAUCAGAAUUAGAGAAAUAUUUCUUCUUUGGAUUGGGAGGUGAUGGAAACAGUUCCAGUAUAGGCUCGCGCGAGGUCGACAGCCUGUCGGAAACCUCGUCGAUUUAUUCCGAGGGAUUGGAGUCGCUCGGCCAAGACGAAGCUAACGGCAGUGGUCAAAACCAGGACAGGUCGAGUAACAGCGACGGCUUCUUAAAUUCAUCUAGACUGGAAAAAUACUAUUUGUCAGAAUUUCUCGGUUUCGAUCAGGAUAGAAGAGAUUCCGAUGGUUCAGUGGGAAGUGAUUCUGAAGGCAGACCCAGUCCAGAAGCACAAAGAAGAAAGAAACUGGUACGUGCGAGGGGCACAGGCAGAUCUCAUAGUUCUUCUCUGGAUAAUCUGUUGGCUCUUACACAGAGCUCUCAAAACCUGAGCUCGCAGAAUUCUCUUCAAGAUUUGAGCCUUAAUCAGGACGCGCAGGAAACACAGUCUGAAGGUUCCUCGACAGAAACUGAUGGUACUGAAGACGGCCAGACUGCUGUAUUUGGCACGGACGGUCAAUUUGACACGGUAAAACGUAAGAAGAAAAAGCCGCGAAAUCUAGGAACUCAAAGUCCACGUGUGCCAGACGAUCGAAACAAGACGCCGGAACCCAAUAGAGAAAUUACGCGGAUGAACGAAAUAGUGAUAGAAAACGAGAACGAGGCAAUUAAUUCCGAGGACUCGGACAGAGCAAAAACUCCGCAGCCGGAAUCCGUUCUGUCUUCAUCCUCUUCGCCGUCCACUCUCACAAAUAAUAAUAAUUCACUGAACGCUGCUUCGUCCUCGCAGAUGGAAUCCUCAAGAAACUCGGUUUCGGUAAAUUCAAACGACGGUCAACGAUCGAAGCAGCAAUCGCGAGAUUCAGGCUUCGUCGGCAGCUGCGACGAUCUUCUUCAGCAUCAAAAAUUGCCAGACGAAAAUCAAACAAACGGCACCGAAGUCGAUCAGGAAACCGGUAAAGAUCGCUCACACAAUGAAACUUCGGAGCGUUCUCAUGACGCGAAUCAAAGCGCUAUUAAGGAAGGAGCGUCUGGUAAAAACAACCUGACAAAGCACGUGAAUCAUGCAAGUUUGCCGCACCUGGCGAAUGCCUCAUUAUCACGCAAAGACAGUUUCAAUAAUUGGUCGAGUGAUGAAGAGACGAAUCUCAUGAUGUCGAAAAUGCGCCAGUUCUUCAAGACAAUGGUGGCCAACACAAACGGUCAAGGAUCAGGUCAGGGUCAAAAUGUGGCCAGCGCAAAUUCGAGCGGUGUUUCGCCGGCACCGAGUCCACGUUUGCCGGGUUAUGCCUCAAAGGCACGACUCUGCGUCCAAAACCGCACUAAACCGCCUCAAUUAGUGUACUUUGAAAACGAGCUGACGCGGUUGAUGAAGACGGUACCGGGGAUACGCGACGAGCAAGUGCGCGAGAUCGUUGAAUAUCUCAGUUCGGAAGACACGUGGUCGGAUUCUUACGACAGCUCAGACUACACUAGUUCCGACCUUGAGGGCGCUGCUGGAGGUCGCAGAUCAGCCUUGCAAGAACAGAUCUCGCAGAGCUGUCAGCAGAUUAUCAGCAAAUUCGAUACCACUUCCACUGGAGACGCGACUCUAUUGGACAAGGAGAGAGAACAACUAAAAGGACCAAAACCAGGGAUGCAACCUGCACCUUGUUUGGGUAGAGAUACCGCUUUCGUUUAUCAGAAAUUGGUGCAGAGCUUCACAAAAAUGGCCGGUGACGGCGUAAGUUCGGACGCCAACUCUACACCGCAUAGUAGUCCGCCAUUGAUUGCAAAGGUGAUGCAUCACAUUGGUAGCCGGCUAGUAGCGCUGAUGCACGAGGUCUCUGAAGGCGGGCCGACACAUCAUCACUCCACUACUUGGCGACGGUACUCUCAGCAUCAUCGGACCCCAUCUUCGGCGUCCACCACUGAAGACGAUGACUCUACAUCCGACUCCACCAACACGCCUUCGUCAGCACACUUGCAGCUACCGAGAUCGAAGUCUCACGAUCCUUUGUUGCUGAUCAACAGCCAUCCGGCAGCCAUCGCCGGUCAGGAAGGAGAAGAACGAGAGGCCAGUGACUACGAGAGAUUCUCUUGGCGCGGCAGCUUUGAGUCUACGCUGAUGGCUGCCGAUUCAAGGACGAAACUGAGUCUGUUGGCAUGUUCCGGUGACGUCAGUGGUGGUGGUGGUAGUGUUAGUGCGAGUGCAAGUGCUCUAGCCGCAAAACGGCGCAGCGCCGGCGAUUUGUUGUUCAAUCCGAAGAGCUUUUCGAGGGAGCAGCUGGACAGGGUAAGAAGUUGCGGUUCGAUCGGUGGCGGAAGCGGAGCCGGGACCGGCGGUGCCGGCGGUGGUUCCGUCGAGGAAAGGAUCUGGAGCAACAAAAGGAGAUCUUCCGUUCCCGACGCCAACACCAGGGGAGAAUCAGGUGCAUCAGCCGGCGACGAGGAUACCGAAGACGAAUUGGAAUACGGUGGAGAAUCGCGAGCGACGACUCUACCACGUGGCAUGCAAUCCGCCAUCAGUGCAGCUACCAAUUCCCUGCCUCGACUUCCUGCACCGAGCGCACCGACCGGUCUGACGACGACGACGACGACGUCGUCGUCAUCGUCGGCAACAGCAGCGGCGGCGGCGGCGGCAGCGACGUCGACCUCGUCACCGAUGCACAAGGCACACAGCGUCUACCACUUCCUGCCGCAACACAGCGGCGUCAAGUCCGCUCGGUACCGACCGCCCGGCUUCGCCAGGAACAGCAACAUCGGGCCCGGCGCGAUCGGUAGUGGACCCAAACGCGCCGUCAGCGCACCGGGCCUGCAAGUUUCCGGCUCGCAAUCGGCCACCAGCAAACGGGACAACCCCAGGUCGAGGAGGCAACAAGCGAUGUCGCUCACGUCGGACGAUGGAAGCAGUCUGUCGGAGGCAUGCAGCACGCCGAUUAUCGGAGCAGGUUCACGAGCAGGCUCUAGUCAUACGGUUCUAGACAUGGACGACAUCGAUCCGGGCCAUCUCGCCACUCGCUCAUCUCUGUCGAGUCUCGGAGCACGCUCGGACUCGAUGGCGUCGGUAUACAGCGGUGCGGGCGAGGGACGUUGCUGUCGUUCUGUAGUAGUCACAGGUGAGGUAGAAUUCGCCUUGCAGUACGACUACAAAAAUCUGACGUUCGAGGUCCACGUGACCAGAUGCAAGAACCUCGCGCCCGUGGAUGUGAAGCGCAAACGAUCGGAUCCAUACGUCAAGGUAUAUCUACUGCCAGAUAAGUCGAAAAGCGGCAAAAGAAAGACGAAGGUGAAAAAGCAUACGUUAAAUCCAGAAUUCAACGAAACGCUGAAGUUCCACAUGAGCCUGAGUGGCCUGGAGACGAGAACGCUAUGGUUGACGGUUUGGCACUCGGACAUGUUCGGCCGCAACGAUUUCCUCGGCGAGGUGCGAAUGCCGCUGGAGAACAAGAUAUUUGACGAUCCGACGCCACACUGGUAUCCCCUUCAAGAGAGGACGGAGCCGUUCGACGAUCCGGUCGCAUACAAAGGCGAGGUGAUCGUCGGCCUGAAGUUCGUUCCGCCAGAUCCGGCGCAGCAAGAACGCGAUCGAGAAAACAGCGUGGAACGUGGCAGUUCUAAAGCGAAAAAGAACUGGAGCCGCGGCGCACUUCACGUGCUCGUCAAGGAGGCCAGAAAUCUGCAGACGCGCGGCAAAAACUCGGGCACCUGCGAUCCCUUCUGUAAAAGUUAUUUGCUUCCCGAUAAAGGACGAUCCGGCAAACAGAAGACUGGUGUCGUUCGUAGAUCUGGCGGCUCGCCAGUUUGGGGUCACACGUUCAUCUACAAGGACGUUAGUUUACAAGAAUUAGCGGAACGUGGAUUAGAAUUAACGGUCUGGGACCACGAUCGAAUCGCUAGCAACGAAUUCCUUGGCGGCGUUCGGUUUAAUCUCGGCACCGGAAAGCACUACGGAAAACCGGUGGAUUGGAUGGACGCAACCGGUCGCGAAUUGUCUCUCUGGCAAAACAUGCUGGAGAGGCCGAAUUUCUGGGUCGAGGGCGCAGUGACGUUAAGGCCGAACUUGCACAAUCAUGGGAAGAACAACGGCGCUUAAAAAAGUAGCAUCGCAAUAAAGUCGCGCACCCUUCCCAGGUUUCGUUUCCGAGAGGGAAACGGUUCGGAAAUGCCGAUUUAGUUCAAAUCGAUUGUACAUAGCUCUAAAAGCGUCGCGCAUUUACGACGGACGUAAUCUUAAACAGUUCCGAACAAGGAAUCAGUGCCUUCGGAAGCGACGUAAACUCGUCUGAUUUUCCUGAAUGGGCAUAAGCGAAAAUUUCAGCCGCGAAAAUCGUCUACGAGACUUUUAGCCUGGAGUCGAUACGUACGUCACUGUCGAUUCAGAGCUUUACAUCCUGUAUAACAAUUGUACGUAUUAAAUUUGGGGUUUUCUGUCCAUUUUUAUUUCUAUGUUGCCCAUUAUUAAUUUCUGCACAAAUCGUCAAAAUUUCAUCAUGAUAGUUUUCAACAUAAAAUUUUAAACACGUUGCACAAGAUGCAUGCUUCCAUGAUGUUUUUAAACAAAUUCUUAUUUCUUAUUUAUAAUUAGCUGCUUCGCUUUGGUUACGCUAAAAAAAAUAUAAUGAUUAGUACUUUGGUUAAAAUUAGAAUUUAGUUAUUUUCAUCAUGUUUUUAUUUGCCUAGUGAAGGUUACAUUGAAUUGAAAGCUAUAUUCUAUAUUUAACAAAAAUAAAAAAAUUUAUGUUCUUAUUGAGAAAAUUAUGAUUACUCAAAAAUUGUUUUACACGUAAAUUAAUUCUGUUUAUUAGAACAUGAAUUAUGAAGAUAUUGUUUAUUAUUGUUUAUUGUUAGACCUUUUUUAUUUUUCAACAUUUUUUAAGCGAAGCUGGGAUUCGUAACUACGUAGUAUUAAUUAUAAUUCUUUGACGUGCCAAAUAUUAAAAGUUGUGGCGAAUUUAUGUAAUUAUGUAAACAAAUUUCCUUGAUAUUUUUCAAGAUGAAAAUUAUAUUACAAUUUAAUUUUUAUGUUAUUGCAUUUUUUUUGUUAUAACCUCACUAAUUAUGUAACAGCAAAGCGAGGCAUAUUUUAUUUCUUAUUGAAAGCUGCAUCUUUGUGUAAUUUCGUGUAUAAUUUAUAUCGUACUUCUUCUUAGUCGCUUUUAAUUGCGAUAAAAAAAAGUCUCAGAUGGGUAAAGAUGUGCAAGUCAUUAAAAUUCGUGCAAUAUUACGAAGCAUCGAGGAAAAAUAUCGUUAGGUUUAUGAAACGCCCAAAAAGGGAUGAAAAGCAAAAGUGCGUCCGUCCAAAACAACUGGAUGAUUGUUAGUAUCCACGCGUACGUGUGUGCGCUUUUCGCAGACAGCGAAGAAGAAACGGCAAAUGAGCUCUCGCCGAGUUUCCAAACGUUGAAUCACGAAGUAUUUCGUAAUUUCGCGAAAUUCUACCUCACCAAAAGUAAGUCCGAAAAUUCAUCCGAACACAAAACCGAUAGUUAAAACAAUUUUUUAGACUUUACAAAGGCGUAACUGUAAGUCAAUAAUCACUAAAGAGAUUGUAGUAGGAUUACAUGUUGUACGAGAAGCGAAUGAACGAUGGGGCCGAGUUAUAUUUUUACAUUUUGAGAAUGUCAAUUUUAAAAUUUGAUUAAUAUCGUGUAGAGAAUAGCGUCUAACCCAAGUAGAUCUUCACCGAAAAAAAAAAACAAUGAGAAAUUAUAACGGUGAUAAUUUAUACGCGAUAGAGAACUCAGGUCUUUUAUAAAAAAAAAAUACGCCACUUUCGUUUAUUCGCUCCUUCUUGUCCAUUAUUUACCAAGCGGAUCGGAUGAAACGUGAUCAAAAGCUCAGCGUUUGGAACGUCUAAAUAACAGUUGUGGACACUUUCCUUUCUUGGAGAGAAAGAUGCUUCCAGUGUGUACAAUUAGGAAACGAGCAAGUUUCUCGUGUGAACGAACGAGCGAGCGAGCGAGCGAGCGAGUGAAGGAACGGUGUAUUUAAGGGAUUUAAAUAUGACCGCUUCCUCGAGCAACUUAAACGAAAACGCAUUCUUGUAGAUGUUAUAUUUAUAUGUAUACAUAUAUACUAUGCAAGCGUCGAAUCCGUCGCCGCUGAAAUUCCCGGAGGAGAAACUCGCCAUUCAUAAUUAUAUUUCUAAAAAUUACAGAAGCUAUUCCUCCGGGAAUUCCAGGACGACUGUGAAAGGCUCGUAUUCGCGAUGUGCGUUUCAGCGGCGACCCGUUUUUUUGUGUCGCUCAUUUAGCGUCGAAUGCAACUGUUCUGAUCCAAUGUUCGAUACAGUCAGUCAUGCAUUUAGCGCUGGAUGCAUCGUUAGAUCGUGUUAUAAAUAUCGACGACUCUCGAGGGUUCAAGGAUAAAUCGAAGGUCCGAACUGAUGAACUCGUACUUAAUUGAUUUAUUAUACCUUCGAUUAUUUGUGAGUAUAACAUCGUAAGUCGUUAUUAUCUCUAAGACUCUCUGUCUCUCUUCCUAAAAACAGGGUUAACGAAAGGGAACUGUGAAACUGCCUUUAACGUUACGUAGAGAUUCGUGUGAUGUGUAAGCUCCUUGACUAAAGAUAGAUGAAUUAAACAUUUUCAGUUAGAAAAAAAAAUACGCUUCUUUCAAUCGAUCUUCGUUAGAAAGUUAUUUUAUUUAUUUGAAAAUAAUUCUCGAAUUUUCCUAAUAUAUAAAAAAGAGAAUAAAGUUUAAAAUAAGAAUUUUGGAGGGUUUGGAUCAAAUUUUUUGAAAGCAAAUUGAUUUAUUUAAUUUAUAUCUUAAGAAAUUUAAAUAAAAACUGAAAUAAAAAAACAAUAAAAUUAAAAAAAAUCUAUGAAGCGUCAAACUCCCAGAGGAGGAGUGUAUUUAUUGAAUUUGUAAGUUCAAUAGAAUGAAAUUUCUAUGUGAAUAGAAAUUCUUUUUAAUUCAACUAUCUUUUGUAGGAUCAAAAUGUGUGUCUUAAAUUAACUAACACAAAUUCUGAGAUAUAGUUAUAUAAGAUUUCGACAUUCCUGAGUAGUGUCGUUGCGAUAAUUACAUGUCAUACGCAUUUACGGACCAAUAGAGACUCGAGGACUUUAUUAUGAUAACCCAUUGCGUUUUCUAUCCCGAUAGAGCCUCUAAGUUACUCUACGUAUGUUAGUCCAGUUAGCACUUAAUGUUAUAGAAUGUAAAAGUUAAAACUUAGAAAAUCAGACAUUUAUUUAUAUGUCGCUCGUCGGUGUACAUGAUAAUAAAAGUUUUAUACGUUUACUCGUA